AUGACCUUGAAAGCCCCGCCAUCACUCAUCGCCAUCAUCCCACGGAAACGCUUGGUCACAUCCGACCAAGAUGAAGUCACUGGUGAAACGCUCCUCGUGCCCCAGCCCUCGACCGAUCCCAACGACCCUCUUAAUUGGUCGAAGGCAUUUAAAAUAUACGUUGCCUUCCUAACUUGCGUGGCGUUGACCUGGAUCAACUUUUUCGCAGGUGGGCCUGGAGCAGUUUUGGUUGAGAUAGCCAUCGACCUCUUUGGUGUAUAUCUGCCCAAACCCAAUAACCCUGGCACGCUGUCUCCAGCAUCGAUGGCAGCAUUCUCAUCCGCCGUGAGCAAAACCGCUUUACUCUUUUCCACGGCUUCGAUGUCGGCCGGCGUGAGCAACCUUUUGUGGGUUCCACUAGCUAUCAAGUAUGGUCGGCGUGUGGUAUACACUUUCUCGUUCCUCAUUUUUGGACUCUGCUGCAUCUGGUCGGCGCGUGCCACCUCUUAUGGUAGUCUGCUAGCUUCGAGGAUCAUAGCAGCUUGGUUUUCCGGUAGUGCCGAGUGCGUUGCUCCUAUGACGAUCGCGGACAUCUUCUUCCUUCAUGAAAGAGGCAAAAUGACCGCGAUGUACUCGGCUGCGCUCUCGACGGGUGCUGCUUUUGGCUUGUUGAUCUCGGGCGUCAUGUCAAUCUCGCAGAACUGGAGAAUGUUUCACUAUCUUUGCGCGGCUCUCGUACUAGCCACGACGGUCUUGAUCUUUUUCACCAUGCCAGAGACUGCUUAUCAAAGGCAUAUCUGUGGAACAGAGCAAGUGGAAAACGAGAAAGUCUCCAAUGCAGCUGAAGUAGAGCACAUCGAGGUUUCCAACACACCCAAGAAACCCUUCUUUCAGCGGAUGGCCUUCAAUAGAGCUCCUCUCACCCAUGAGAGCAUUUGGAAAAUUGUCCUUCGUCCUGUGCUCAUCCUUUUCUUACCGCCAGUCUUCUGGUCCACGGUCUCGUUUGGAAUUGGAAUCGGAAUCUUCGUUGUGCUAAGCACCACAGGCGCAACAGCUUUUUCACAGGUAUAUGGCUUCACAGUCUGGCAGUUAGGACUUGUAUGGCUAGCGGGUAUUGUGGGUAACAUACUAGGCAUACCAUUUGGUGGUUAUUUCUCGGAUUGGGUCGCCAACCGUGCAACUUCAAAGAAUGGUGGCGUUCGUGAGCCCGAGAUGCGUCUUCCUGCCGUGAGCAUCGCUAUGGUUACCUACCCUGGAUCACUUCUUCUCUAUGGUCUGGGGAUCAAUUACAAAACUCAUUGGAUUGUCCCUGCAUUAGGAAUAUUUCUGUUCUCGUUCGGGAGUAGUGCAACGAUAGGUAUUACUGUAGUCUAUACAAUCGACUGCUACCGGCCGAUUUCCGGGGAGGUUGUUGUCAGCCAGGUCGUUUUUAAAUCCUUUAUCACAUUUCUUAUGUCCUUCUAUGCAAACCCGUGGGUGAACCGAGAUGGGUAUGCAGGAGUAUUUGGCGCCAUGGCAGGCUUCAGUUUCGUCGUCCUGGCGCUAUGGAUCCCCCUAUACAUCUGGGGUAAGCAGAUUCGUCAUGCUACUCUCAAAUGGCGCGUUAUGCGACGUAUUCACUGGGAUUUAGACAGAGAGACAGGUGAGUAG